UGACUGGGCGGUUCGGAAUACCACCGAACAGGAAAGCAAAGGACAUGAAAAUGCGGUACCCCGGUCAUCUCCGAAAGACAGAUCUGGAGAGUGCGAAACGAGGUCUACUUCCUGACAAGAAGGAUGUUCUUUCAACAUCUCAUUGUUCACAGCCAAACACGAUAGAAUAUGAGAUGGGUCUGCAGUGGAAGCUUUUAGCAGAACAACAUAAACUGCAAAAGGAGAUUCUGCUUCAGAGGCAUAUGGAAGAAAUCAAGCGGCUCAUGGACUCUGUAUAAAUACAGCUUCGUCGAGAGAGCCAUGGCUGUGGACAGUCGGCAACAAGCAACUGUUCAGGAGCGAUUCUCUCUGUGAAUUCAUCAAUUUCUUCUACAGUGGCAGCAAACGUAAUCCAUGCACGUCAUUGCUUUCCUUUUUGUAUCUCUUGCCCUGUUUGCGUUGUUUGCCAGCAGAAGCAGCAACAGCGGACACAGAGGAAGGUUGGGUGGGGGGGGCGGAAGAGAGAGAGAGAGAGAGAGAGAGAGAGAGAAUGCAAGUGGACUCCUUCCUCGAGAGAGAGAGAGAGAGAGAGAGAGAGAGAGAGAGAGAGAGAGAGAGAGAGAGAGAGAGAGAGAGAGAGGGAGAGUCCUAGACAGAGNAGAGAGAGAGAGAGAGAGAGAGAGAGAGAGAGAGAGAGAGAGAGAGAGAGAGAGAGAAUGCAAGUGGACUCCUUCCUCGAUCAAUGUCCGUCAGGCUUGCAGCAUGAAUUCAUGCUAGUGGCUGGCCGUGCCACCAUGUAAGGUAUCCAAGGAGUUUGAAGACCCAGUCCAUGCUAGGGCUGGCCCAGGCAUCUAUGUAGGUUAGUCAGAGAGAGAGAGAGAGAGAGAGAGAGAGAGAGAGUAUAUUGAUGUGAGAGAGCCCACUCGUAUAGCGUCUUUCAGUGUGUAUUGCCACUCUGUGCAAAGUUUCAGGAAUCUGCGAAAACGUAUCGAGUGUGGGUGGGGUUUGUAUCCUCUCAAUGGUCACAGCAGUUAUGAAAUGAUGGACACAGUGCAGGUGCAGGAUGUCGCAGCUCACAGAAAGCACUGCCCAGUUUCUCAUGAUGUCACUCUGCAGACGUCAGACACCCACGUUAUUCGGUGGAUGAUGAUGUGGGUUCAGAAGGCAAUAUUUCGUUCGUAUCAACCGCCUGCCGGGAGGUUGCUUACUAUCAGCCGAGCCGUGCCGUUUGACGUGCCGUGCGCCGUGCGGUGCCGUGCCGUGUGCCGUGCGGUGGCCCCUGCCCGUGCCACACCGAACUCAGCUGGUGUCGCGCUCGCCGUUAUUGCGUCCGUUGCACGAUCGCCGCGAAUCCUCCUUGUGAUCAACCGGUUUUGCCGAGGUCGCCGGUCCGAAUCUGUGCUUGCCCGGAAGAAGGCCUUUGGUCCAGAGGUUCGCUAUGUCCCCAAGCCUGCUCCCCAGGAUGGUGCGUCACUCAAGUGGACGGUCCCAUGGCUGGUGCCAAAGUCUGUUCUGCAAGAGGUCCUACAAAAACUGCAUCUUCCUCUGCCAGUCUACUCAACAACAGACAUGUCGACUGCGAAAAUGCCAUUAUUCGUAGGGGAAGUAAGGCUCUUUGAUCAGGUCUUCACAGGAGAGCCAAAGAAAUCAAAGCGUGAUGCAGAAGCCAGUGCAGCGGAAAAGGCGAUCUUGUCCUUUUUGCAAGGUGUGAUGGGCGGCGCGAGUGGGAUCGACGGCCUGAGAGGGAUCAGCGGUCCUGAUAUUUUGAAGAAAAUCCUGUUAGACCAGAUUCUGAAACAAGUGUCUCCACAACAACUGUUGACAAGGGUAAUGUAAGUAGAGCAGGUGAGGGAGAAAAGGUAUAAAUGGUGGCAGCACAGCGGGAAGUAGAGAGACUCUAGAGAGUGUUUUAAGGCCUACUCACACUGGCGCUUUGUUAAAUGCAUCUGACUGCAACUACGGGCAGAAACGGAUGAAUUUGACUGCAAUGAUCCAAACACGUCCAGAGCUUUUGAUCUAUCUGUGCAUCAUUCAUGCUUUGGAAGAAGUCCUGUUGGCGCAGUACUCGAAGCAGCAGGCCCAACGGCCGCACAGAGGAAGCAGAGGCACUUAAGAGACAGUGUGAGUAGAUCAUAUAUGUCUGCCCAUAUUUUGACCUGUCACUGUGUACAAUCUAUUAUUCUAUUUUCUUUUUGUGAGAUGAAGUUGUUGACGAACACCCGUUCUUUUGGUAAUCUUAUGUAACUCGUUGCUUCAUCAGAGCAUUCUCUCUCUCCGGAAUGGCUCCUUGGACACUACCUUGUACUAUAGCUCUGUGUGUGUAUUCAGUAAGCUUGUACUGGUUCCCUCUUAUUAUUAGCGUCUCUCUCUCUCUCUCUCUCUCUCUCUCUCUCUCUCUCUCUCUCUCUCUCUCUCUCUCUCUCUCUCUCUCUCUCUCUCUCUCUCUCUCUCUCUCUCUCUCUCUCUCUCUCUCUCUCUCUCUCUCUCUCUGUGUGUGUGUGUGUGUGUGUGUGUGUGUGUGUGUGUGUGUGUGUGUGUGUGUGUAAGUCUCUUGUGUUAUACAGAUUACAAUAG